AUGAACACCACAGUUAAGGAAAUUUCACCUGUUCAGAACUAUGAUGAAGCUGCGGUCCAGAACCAUCACAACUGGCCAUUCGAGUCCAACUCGCCAUACAUGCUUGCUCAUGUCCCCGCUCCCUCAUACGGUCUUCAUCCUACGGAGCCAUGCUCUACCUCGCCAGCCUUGAUCGCUGUUAUCCUGUUUUUUACGUUGUCCAAACCGCUGAUAUUGGAGAUUUGA